GCUUGUUGAAUAGGAAUGACAAGGAAACAUGACAACCGCUAAAGAUGAAUCUGAUACACCGUUAUAAUCGCUCGUAGGCUCGCUCUUUCGCGUUAUUAUGCCAUCCGAGCACCACUCCAUUGUGGCCCUAGCUGUAAAUCUGAACGGAGCCACGGGGAAAGCCGCUUGGGACCGGGCCAAAAAAUACAACUGAAAGAAGAAACCCAGCCCUGCUUCGGUUACGCGCCGAGAGAGGGAGCACGCCGAUAGUGACAGUCAGUAGUCAGGGCCACUUCACAACUCAUCUGUGUGCCUGUGUUCGCCACUUUAAACCGUUUUGGUGUGCACCCUCAAAGGAUGUAGACCUCGGCCUGCCAUCUCUUCGUCUAGGCAUGUUCAUUUCAUUGGGACUUCUCACAACGCUUUUUCUUAUCAGGGCAAUGCCUUCCCAACGCGUUUCGCGGCGCAAAUUACAAAAAACACAUUCGUGUCUCAGCGAUUCUACCUAUUGCUCAUGUAUACACGCGCUGGUAGUUUAAAAUGCAUAGGUCUUGAUUAAAACCCAUUUUGUACGGACGGAAAAUAGCAAUUUUAGCUGGGAGGAGCAAGGAGCUCCAUCUACUCUUCGGCUUCCACGGCAAUAUCAUAGUGAUUUUUAAUGGAGCUGGAGAAUAUCGUUGCAAACACGGUACUACUAAAGGCAAGAGAAGGUGGAGGAGGAAAACGCAAAGGAAGGAGUAAAAAAUGGAGGGAGAUUCUACGAUUUCCUCAUAUCAGUCAGUGUGAAGAUUUGAGCAAAAUCAUAGAGCGGGAUUACGUUAGCCUGUGUGAUAAGCAGCCCAUUGGUAGACUUCUGUUUCGCCUCUACUGUGAGACCAGACCAGAACUGCAGCGAUGCAUCCAGCUUCUGGACGCCAUGGAGGACUACGAGGUGGCACCAGACGAGAAGAGGAAGAGCCGAGGAGAUGAGAUCAUCAAGAAGUUUCUCACCAAGCAGUCCCCCGAGUGUGUGGAUGUAGCCGAAGGUCUUGCUGAGAGCUGCAGAGAAAAUCUAGAACUGAGCCCCUGCAAGGAGAUCUUCAGUGACUGUCGCAAAGCUCUUCAUGACUACUUGAGUAGUGCUCCUUUCUCUGACUAUCAGAACAGUAUGUACUUCGACCGUUUCCUUCAAUGGAAGAUGCUCGAAAGACAGCCCAUCACAAAAGACACAUUUCGGCAGUAUAGAGUUCUGGGGAAAGGAGGCUUUGGGGAGGUGUGUGCGUGCCAGGUGAGAGCCACAGGUAAAAUGUAUGCCUGUAAAAAGCUGGAGAAGAAAAGGAUAAAGAAGAGGAAGGGGGAGGCCAUGGCCCUCAAUGAGAAACAGAUUCUCGAGAAGGUCAACAGUAGGUUUGUGGUAAGUUUAGCGUACGCAUACGAGACCAAAGACGCCCUGUGUCUGGUGCUGACCAUUAUGAACGGCGGCGAUCUGAAGUUUCACAUCUAUAACAUGGGAACCCCGGGUUUCGAGAAGGAGCGUGUGCAGUUUUACGGUGCUGAAAUCUGCUGCGGUCUGGAACACCUGCACAGAGAGUCUAUCGUAUACAGGGAUUUAAAACCAGAGAAUAUACUUUUAGAUGACAAUGGUCACAUCCGGAUCUCAGACUUGGGCCUGGCCAUUAAAGUGCCUGAUGGAGAACAGAUCCGCGGCCGAGUGGGGACAGUUGGAUAUAUGGCCCCAGAGGUGAUCAAUAAUGAGCGGUAUGGCAUGAGUCCUGACUGGUGGGGGUUAGGUUGUCUCAUCUACGAAAUGACUGCCGGCCGAUCGCCUUUCCGCGCUCGCAAAGAACGAGUGAAGAGGGAAGAAGUGGAGAAAAGGGUGCAAGAGGAGGAAGAGGAGUACAGCGACAAGUUUUCAGAAGACACCAAAGCCAUCUGCAGGAUGCUGUUAGCCAAAGAUCCCAAGCAGAGGCUCGGCUGCCAGGCGGAGGGAGGUGCAGGAGUCAAAGUCCACCCCUUCUUCAAGAACAUCAACUUUAAGAGACUAGAGGCCGGCAUUCUGGAACCUUCCUUUGUGCCUGAUCCCAGGGCAGUCUACUGUAAAGACGUUCUGGACAUUGAGCAGUUUUCCACCGUUAAAGGUGUCAAUCUGGACCAAACGGACAAUGAUUUCUACUCCAAGUUUGCCACUGGCAGCGUCUCCAUCCCAUGGCAAAAUGAGAUGAUCGAGACUGAGUGCUUUAGUGACCUUAACGUAUUCGGGCCCCAGGGCACGCGGCCCCCUGACCUGGACUGGAACCAGCCUCCCGAGCCUCCUCGGCGUAGCCUGCUGGACAGGAUCUUUAGGAGACAUGUGAGGAUCUCCUCCACCUCCACAGAGGAACACCCAAGCGAACACAAUAGUUAACUACAGACCAGCAUCCAGAGGUGACCAUCGCUCACAGCCGGGUCUCGUCUUCCAGUGUCAACUCUGUUGACUCCAUGUCAAACUCUGCCCCCUAGUGGACAGACGGCUGCGGGACUACAGGGAACAGAAAUGAGUGAGCGAUAAAGAGGACGUAAGAAAAUGAACUU